AAAGAUACAAGCAGCUUUCUCCCGGUGAGCAACCUGGCUUUGUAGAUCGGGAAGAGGAUGGAGAGGCACAUGGUCGGGGGGCCUCUGUAUAAGCACUUCGAUUUGGAGAGGAAGAACGCCAGGCAGGCCGACGCCAGGCUCAGCCAAAGACUGCAGAGACUGGAGCGGGUCUGCCUCUACCACAUGAAGUCGCUGACCCGCGAGCAGAGACAGCUCCAGAAGGAACUGCAGAGGCUGCAGGAAGAUAUUGUCAAGAAAAAGCUCUCCUCUGAUUUGCGGAAUGGAAUUCAGAAGAGACCAGAAGACGUCCUUGUGUCCUCACCACCAAGAGGGAAGAAGCAUGGAGGUCCACACACUAAUGACGUUAGAGUGCUGGCCACCAACAUGACCCAAGAAAUGUACAGAACUAAGUCCCAGAUGCCUCUUUUCCAUCACGCUGGCUUCAAAGACGCCAUGAAAAGCAAAGAGCAGUCGCUAUCUCAAAAUUACACAGCUUCUCACUUCACAGCCGAGAAGCCACAAGCCCAAGAAAAAGAUUUUAUGAGCCCACCAAAAGGCAAAGACUCCAACAAGGGCAUCUCUAUUCUGUGUCAACAUCAAGACGUCUCCAUCAACACCCUAGACCAAGGCCCUGGUUCCAGCCCAGUUUGUGAAAGUGGAACAGCACACAUGGAUGAGACCAGACCAAAGGAUGUCAGCCUAAAGCCAGACCCCAAUGCUGGGAAACAAAGUCCCUUGAAUCCCAUGGAAUGUGCAAGAAACUUGAAAGGCGAGUCCGUAACACCUACCUUCUUAGAGCUGUUUGCUAAGGUCAGAAAUGCCCACUACCUCUGGCACAGGGUCCCCCCGGAGUCUGAGAGAUUGCUUAGCAUUGGGGAGAUAUUCGGGCACAAGGAAUCCUUACAGCCCAGAACAGGACAGGAGUGUAAGAACAGGGGAUAUAAUCUCUCACUGAAUGAGCAAUACAAGUAUACAAAAAAGGAGGGGAGAGAUGAAUCUUCUGACAACACUUUAAGGGGUGCGCAUAUGUCGCGGAUGUCAUCAAAAAUAUGAAUCUACAUCGACGACUAGGCUUUUCUCGAAAGGAAAAAUAUGAAGGGUCCUGCUUACGUUGGCCACCCUUUUCUUAUAGGAAGUUCUUAUGGUGCCACCUUCUGGCACAAUGACAUAGCUCUUCUCUUCGAGUUCACAUCUAACGUCCAUGCGGGGAGAGGGACUCCGUUGGAAACAGUUACCGUCACGCGGUCUAU